AUGCUGGCACCAAUCGAAGGUUAUGAACAAUCACCACUUGUAACGCUCGAGGAAGCCGUAAAACCUCUUGUAAACAUUGUACCUAAAGUCGAGCGUAAUGUAUUCAUAGUAAAGCAAAACUGUCAAGAACCAGAAGAUGAUUUAACAACCGACGAAUCGGCUUCGAUCAUGCUUUACACCUAUGAAUCGAUGCCACAUGAAGAUUCCUUGUACGUGAAGCUUAAUGCAACUUUACGUUCCGAACAAAGGAAAAAUUUAAUCCCCUGGUUUUUGUAUCUUCGACUCGUAUUGACGGCUCUCGCUCGUCUGCCAGCAAAAUGUCGAUCCGUGUUUCGAGGAGUCAAAGAAAAUUUGCGGUCUGAAUAUCCAGAAGACAAAAUUUUUAUAUGGUGGGGAUUUUCAUCGUGUACUUCAUCAGUUGGAGUGCUGGAGAACGAACAAUUUUUUGGGAAAACUGGAAAUCGAACGCUCUUUCAAAUAGAGUGUAAUACAGCAAAGGACAUUAAAAAACAUUCAUUUGUGACCAAUGAAGAUGAAAUACUUUUAUUACCCGCUCGGCAAUUUCAAGUUAUAUCUUCUCUAAAUUCUGGCAAUGGACUUCAUAUUGUACAACUCAAAGAAUUGAAACCACAGUAUGAUCUUCUUGGGCCAGUUCCAUUGCCAAGUCCAACUGUCAAACCUAGAAAAGAGGGGCAAAUGAAGUCUCAACCAAUAGUAGCAUCGGUUAAACCCAAACCUUCUGCUGGAGCCAUGGAAGAAAAAUUUACAGCAAUGAAAUUAAGCACAAGUGCAAAACUAACUGGUCAGUGA